GCAAGCUGCAGGCGGCGGCCAUGGCGGGGCUCCCCUGAAGGAAGCGGCGAGGGAGGAGGAGGAGGAGGAGGAAAGGAGAAAUCUCUGCAUUCCCUCCACCCCAUCCCUGCGCGCGGACUCCCCGUCCGCCUCCCUCCUAUAUGCACCGCUGAGACCGCGCGAGGACUCUGGCAUCCACCGCAAGCCCCCCACGUUCCCCCCUUUUCUGUUGCAAACAAAGAGAAGAGAGAGAGAGAGGAGGGGAGAGAAAAUCUCCUUGGCUCGAGUAUGGCGGACCGCAGCCUUGAGAGCAUGUCCCUGCCUCUGGAGGUGAGAGCCAGGCUGGCUGAGCUGGAGCUGGAAUUAUCGGAAGGUGACAUCACACAGAAGGGAUAUGAAAAGAAGAGAUCAAAAUUAAUUGGGGCAUACCUGCCACAACCUCCGGCAGCGAAUGGAGCUGCCGCGGUACGGUGUAGACUGCAACACAGUGAAGGAGCUGCAAGAAGAAUGCUCCGCACUGCCAACUUUGGGGUCUGUGACAUCCGGGAAGCAGCAGCUAGAGAGCGAGCGGCCAGCACAGCAGCAAACCGGCCCCUCUUUUACUUUCGUUUUGGGGUGGAUCAGGCAUUGCCACAAGAACGUCGAACUCCUGUUACCCCUUCCUCUUCCUCUCGAUAUCACCGUCGCAGGUCCUCAGGGUCACGGGAUGAGCGCUAUAGGUCAGAUGUCCAUACAGAAGCAGUUCAGGCAGCUCUUGCUAAACAUAAAGAAAGGAAGAUGGCAGUCCCCAUGCCAUCAAAACGACGUUCAUUGGUGGUGCAAACAUCAAUGGAUGCCUACACACCUCCAGAUACCUCCUCUGGUUCAGAAGACGAAGGAUCUGUACAGGGCGACUCCCAGGGAACUCCCACCUCAAGCCAGGGAAGUAUAAACAUGGAACACUGGAUCAGUCAAGCAAUCCAUGGUUCUACCACAUCUACCACUUCCUCCUCCUCGACACAAAGUGGAGGCAGUGGCGCUGCGCACAGGCUAGCUGAUGUUAUGGCUCAAACACAUAUAGAAAAUCAUUCUGCCCCUCCAGAUGUUACUACUUACACCUCAGAACACUCAAUACAAGUAGAAAGACCACAAGGAUCAACAGCAAGGGUGACACCAAAAUAUGGCAAUGCUGAACUUAUGGAAACUGGUGAUGGAGUACCAGUGAGCAGCAGAGUGUCAGCAAAGAUUCAACAGCUGGUCAAUACCCUAAAACGACCCAAACGACCACCAUUACGAGAGUUCUUUGUAGAUGACUUUGAGGAAUUGUUAGAAGUUCAACAGCCGGAUCCAAACCAACCAAAGCCAGAAGGAGCUCAGAUGUUGGCUAUGCGUGGGGAACAAUUGGGUGUGGUUACAAAUUGGCCACCUUCUCUGGAAGCAGCAUUGCAGCGAUGGGGGACCAUUUCACCAAAAGCUCCUUGCCUAACCACUAUGGACACUAAUGGAAAACCACUCUACAUUCUCACUUAUGGCAAACUUUGGACCAGAAGUAUGAAGGUUGCUUACAAUAUACUGCAUAAAUUAGGCACAAAACAAGAACCAAUGGUGCGACCUGGAGACAGAGUAGCACUCGUAUUUCCUAACAAUGAUCCUGCUGCUUUUAUGGUAGCAUUUUAUGGCUGCCUACUGGCGGAAGUUGUCCCUGUCCCUAUUGAAGUGCCACUUACCAGAAAGGAUGCAGGAAGCCAACAAAUAGGUUUCUUACUUGGAAGCUGUGGUGUUACUGUGGCCUUGACUAGUGAUGCAUGCCAUAAAGGACUGCCUAAAAGCCCUACAGGGGAGAUACCACAGUUUAAAGGGUGGCCAAAGCUGCUAUGGUUUGUCACGGAAUCUAAACAUCUUUCUAAACCUCCUCGUGACUGGUUCCCACAUAUCAAAGAUGCAAACAAUGACACAGCUUACAUAGAGUACAAAACGUGUAAAGAUGGAAGUGUGCUUGGGGUGACUGUGACAAGAAUUGCACUGCUGACCCACUGUCAAGCUCUUACACAAGCAUGUGGAUAUACAGAAGCUGAAACAAUUGUGAAUGUACUAGAUUUCAAGAAGGAUGUUGGCUUAUGGCAUGGGAUUCUUACGAGCGUCAUGAACAUGAUGCACGUUAUAAGUAUCCCAUAUUCCUUAAUGAAAGUGAAUCCACUAUCAUGGAUACAGAAAGUCUGCCAGUACAAAGCAAAAGUCGCUUGCGUAAAAUCCAGGGACAUGCACUGGGCAUUAGUGGCACAUCGAGAUCAAAGAGAUAUCAACCUUUCCUCAUUGCGUAUGCUAAUAGUGGCCGAUGGCGCAAAUCCUUGGUCUAUUUCUUCCUGUGAUGCAUUUCUUAAUGUCUUCCAAAGUAAAGGCCUAAGACAGGAGGUCAUUUGUCCUUGUGCCAGUUCACCAGAAGCUCUCACGGUUGCCAUUCGAAGGCCAACAGAUGACAGCAAUCAGCCUCCAGGCAGGGGAGUUUUGUCCAUGCAUGGUCUCACCUACGGAGUAAUUAGAGUGGAUUCUGAAGAAAAGCUUUCUGUCCUGACUGUGCAAGAUGUGGGCUUGGUGAUGCCAGGAGCUAUAAUGUGUGCAGUGAGACCAGAUGGAAUUCCUCAGCUCUGUAGAACAGAUGAAAUAGGAGAACUUUGUGUAUGUGCUAUUGCAACAGGUACAUCAUAUUAUGGACUCUCAGGCAUGACCAAGAACACUUUCGAGGUAUUUCCUAUGACUAGUUCAGGAGCUCCUAUAAGUGAAUACCCUUUUAUAAGGACAGGAUUACUAGGAUUUAUUGGACCAGGAGGGCUUGUCUUUGUUGUGGGCAAAAUGGAUGGUCUAAUGGUGGUCAGUGGAAGAAGACAUAAUGCUGAUGACAUCGUAGCAACAGCCCUGGCUGUCGAACCAAUGAAGUUUGUCUACAGAGGAAGAAUAGCAGUGUUUUCAGUGAGUGUCCUUCAUGAUGAAAGGAUAGUUAUUGUAGCUGAGCAAAGGCCGGAUUCCACAGAGGAAGACAGUUUUCAGUGGAUGAGCAGAGUUCUCCAGGCUAUUGACAGUAUCCAUCAAGUGGGUGUUUACUGCUUAGCACUAGUACCAGCAAACACGCUUCCUAAGACCCCUUUAGGCGGCAUACACUUAUCAGAAACCAAACAACUUUUUUUGGAAGGCUCAUUGCAUCCCUGUAACGUAUUGAUGUGCCCACAUACCUGUGUAACAAACCUGCCUAAACCACGACAGAAACAGCCAGAAAUUGGCCCUGCCUCUGUGAUGGUGGGGAACCUGGUCUCUGGAAAAAGAAUUGCUCAGGCUAGUGGCAGAGAUCUGGGACAGAUAGAAGACAACGAUCAGGCCAGAAAGUUCCUAUUCCUCUCAGAAGUUUUACAGUGGAGAGCUCAAACCACUCCUGACCAUGUGCUUUACACGCUACUUAACUGUAGGGGAACAAUAGCCAACUCCCUAACCUGUGCCCAGCUACAUAAACGAGCAGAGAAGAUAGCAGUCAUGCUGAUGGAAAGGGGACACUUACAAGAUGGAGACCAUGUGGCUUUGGUCUACCCACCAGGAAUAGACCUGAUUGCAGCAUUUUAUGGUUGCCUGUAUGCGGGCUGUGUGCCAAUAACUGUUCGACCUCCACAUCCACAGAACAUCGCAACAACAUUACCUACAGUGAAAAUGAUUGUCGAGGUGAGUCGCUCUGCCUGUUUAAUGACUACACAAUUAAUAUGUAAAUUGUUACGGUCACGAGAGGCGGCAGCAGCAGUGGAUGUCAGAACAUGGCCUCCUGUACUAGAUACAGACGACUUGCCAAAGAAGCGGCCUGCUCAGAUCUACAAACCUUCUAACCCUGACACACUGGCUUAUCUCGAUUUUAGUGUGUCCACAACUGGAAUGCUAGCUGGAGUGAAGAUGUCUCAUGCAGCCACUAGUGCCUUUUGUCGUUCUAUUAAGCUGCAGUGUGAGCUUUACCCCUCGAGAGAAGUAGCUAUCUGUUUGGACCCUUACUGUGGACUUGGAUUUGUCCUCUGGUGCCUCUGCAGCGUUUAUUCAGGACACCAGUCUAUUCUGAUUCCUCCCUCAGAAUUGGAGACCAAUCCUGCUCUAUGGCUUCUAGCUGUGAGUCAGUACAAAGUUAGAGACACUUUUUGUUCCUAUUCCGUCAUGGAGCUUUGUACCAAGGGACUCGGUUCACAAACAGAAUCACUGAAGGGAAGGGGACUGGAUCUCUCACGCGUACGGACAUGUGUCGUCGUGGCAGAAGAACGGCCCCGAAUAGCUCUCACUCAGUCAUUUUCAAAAUUAUUUAAAGACCUGGGUCUCCAUCCACGGGCUGUUAGCACAUCAUUUGGCUGUAGAGUUAACCUGGCUAUAUGUUUGCAGCCUCACAGGCUGGGGAAGCUGGCCGAGCAGGGAACAUCUGGACCAGAUCCCACCACUGUGUAUGUUGAUAUGAGAGCACUGAGACAUGACAGAGUUCGUUUAGUAGAGAGAGGAUCACCUCAUAGUUUGCCCCUAAUGGAGUCAGGAAAAAUCCUCCCUGGAGUUCGCAUCAUUAUUGCUAAUCCUGAAACAAAGGGACCCUUAGGGGAUUCUCAUCUUGGUGAGAUAUGGGUUCACAGUGCUCAUAAUGCCAGUGGGUAUUUUACCAUAUAUGGAGAUGAAUCUCUGCAAUCUGAUCACUUUAAUUCAAGACUCAGCUUUGGAGACACACAGACUAUUUGGGCUCGGACUGGCUAUUUGGGGUUCUUGAGGAGAACAGAACUUACUGAUGCAAAUGGAGAGCGACAUGAUGCACUUUAUGUUGUGGGUGCACUAGAUGAAGCCAUGGAGUUACGAGGGAUGAGAUACCAUCCCAUUGAUAUUGAGACAUCAGUAAUUAGAGCACACAAGAGCAUCACAGAAUGGUGA